AUGCAGAAUAAGGUCCUUGAUUUUCACGUACAGGUUCCUAACGUGCGAUUCUGCGGCUCUUCAAAGGGAUGGCUGAUAUAUGUAGACAAGGAUUCUGUAGUAACCCUGGUUAAUCCAUUCUUUAGGGUUAAAAGGACGAGAAAGAAAGAAAAUUCCAUCAUUCGCCUUCCUCCACUCAUCGGCGGUGUUCCACCAUUGAAGAACUGGGAUUCGUCUAUCAGCUACUAUUUUGCCUACAAAGCCAUACUUUCAGCAGACCCUGUAUUAUGUGCAGACAAUUACAUUGUUGUGGUGAUAUGCGAGGUAUACUGUCAAUUGGCUUUUAUUAGACCCGCUUUUGAUACUAGUGCUCAGUACAAGUGCAAUGUAAUAUUGGACGUAGGCAACACGGAAGAAGCGCCAGCCAAGAGAUACCUUGUGGAUUUAAAUGAGAAAAGAUUUUUAAUGGUUGAAAGGUAUGGGAAUGUUAUAGAUGGGAGACGAAUGACUUAUCAGUUCAGAAUUUUUGAAAUGAAGUCUCACAAGUGUGAGUGGACUGAAAUAUACGACUUGGGUGAUGUUGCUCUCUUCGUUGGUGAUAACUCUUCGAUAGCUUUGGCGGCUUCGAAAUAUUCAGGAUGUCAACCCAACUGCAUAUACUUCUACCACGACAACAUUAGUCAAGGAGCCUUCCAACCCAUGAAAUCUCAUGAUUUUGGUGUGUACAACGUGAAGGAUCAAAGCUUUUCGCAACCUUACCCAGAAGAUACUAUGACCCUUAUGCAGAUGACCAGUCGACCUCCAAUUUGGGUUGGGCGACCUUUUAAGCUCUAA